CUUUAACGGUUAAGAGAGUGAACUGGACAAAUUGAUCGGGUUGAGGGCUGGUUUACUGUUUAGGUUACCAAAUUAUUGCAUUGUUGUCGCAUUAUCGAGUGAUGUACUCCGUAAUACAUAUACUGACUGAAAACAUUUUGUAAAAAGUGAAAUUGAAAUCUUUUAUUGUACGUGUGGGUGUUGUGUAAUUUAAUUCUGUAAGUUUCGACUAUAUUUGUCAUUAUUAAUCUUGUAACUUUAUAAGUUACAGAUUUGAUCAUGUAAGUAAUUAUAAAUCUUUGUAAUUUAAAAUCUUUUCCAUGGAAAUUACACUUGAUGGCCGUAAAUGUCGCCGGCGUGGAAUUGUGAAAUAGACAGAUUUCAGAGGAUGAGGGUGUAAUAAUAUACGAUAGUAUACGGAGUAUGAUGAAUGAUGAUGGUGGGGAGAGGAGGUCUAUAAAUUGAACAGCCAGAUACCAUAUAUACAGCUGUGCAUUAUUAUUGAUAAUUAUACUCCACUACUACGUAGUAGCUACAUCGAUAGAUCAUGGCAACCAACGUGUUCGGAACGCCGGUGACAGACGCGACGGUUCGGCUGGUGUACCCGAACCUGCGGCCGGAAGAAAUAACGGCGACGCUGAGAGCGCAGGUGGCGCUCCGGGACAUGAACGCGAACAACCGGGCGGACAACGCCAGCACCUACGUCCACAACCUCAAGGACGCCUACGGCACCGGCACCACCACGCUCGUCACCUUCUUCAACGCCACCGGCGGCGACCUCUCCUUCGUCAGCUACCACUCCUGGGAGGGCAGCGUGUGGCGCUACCCGGUCCCCCACCUCGUCCAGAACGGCCAGUGGGGCGCCUUCCUCCACGUCCGCGACCGCCUCAUGGGCCCUUCCAAGGCCGCCCUCAUCUUCUCCGGCUUCAAUCACGCUGGAGUUGCUUGUGAUUGGUUGCUUGCUUGGAACACUCCUCGCCGUCACUUCCAGAACCGCGUUUAUACGGAGAUCCGUGCGUUGAGAGGGUUCAACUCGGUGAACUGGAAUACCAUAGAUAAUGCGAUGGAAAGGAACCUCAACAAUCACACCACAACUUGGAACGGAUGCUUGUCCAGUAUGGCAUUGGGCUCAGGCAGUUCGCCGCAACUAGUGGCAAGGGUGAGCUUGGAUGGUCUGAGCCAAUUGAUCGCUGAAACCGAGCCGGUGCCCGCGUCCCUCGAUUCCAAGUACGUCGAUGACGACGGCCAAGAUGAUGCCGAGCCCACUGAUGCCGCCGCCUCCACCGCCGCUUCUUAAUUCCAUCUUAAUCCGUUCCUGUUUCCACGGAGUGAAUAAAUAAAUCAUCAGUGUAUUGCAAAAUACUAUAAUAAAACUGGCGGCCUAUGACAUGGCUUCCACGUCCGUUCAUCAUCAGAUAUGUUUAUGUAAUCAUUCCUAUGAAUAAAGCUUUAUCCGCCCAUCUACUUCUAUCAAUAAACACAAUAAAUAGGCUUCCACGAUUGUCAUGUCUUACAGCGAUUGGCGGACACCAAAAGUUUAAAUGAGAAGAUGGAGUAUAAAUGAGAAAUUGAGAAUGGUUCGCACCGACUCGGAUGCAAUAGUGGUUUAUUUCAUACUAGAUUGUCACUUGUGGGAUGCAAUUUAAUAUAGUAAUACGAUGCUGUUUAUUUACAUCAACAGUAACGUCAAAGAAUCAUUAUAUUAUAAUGUGUAAAUUAGGGGUCGGCACGGUCUGGGAUGGUCCGGGAUUUGGUUUAUUCCAAUUCCGUCCCGGUUUUAUAACAACGGUCCGGUUCGGUACGGGAUAAGUCUUUAGCCCAAUGUUGUCCCAUUUAAAACGGGACCGGGACAACCCGAGAAAAACCGGGACGGUUCGGGAUGUCCCAUAAAAUAUGCAUUUGUGAAAUGUGAUAUAAAAAUAAGCAUAACAUCAAUAUAAAGAUGUAACCUUUUGUUUUUGCCAAUUUAGCUUCCCCAAAAAGUUAAGUUAAA